UGCAGCAACUACCAUACUUAUUUCUUUUCGUGAGGCUCCUCUGGCGCGUAAGGCUGCGUGCUUGUUUACUUGCAAAAUCACCUCGUAUUAAACUGCAUAAUUACAGUUCCACAUUUGCAAGAUUUAACUGGAAAGGUGCUUGGAGAUACUGCAUCUGCCGCUGCUGCAAUAGCAUUAGCAUUAGCUUGGCGAUUUGUGUUUUGUUUGAAAAAGGCGAGGCAUUAGUUACUGCAGCGACGCAACCUGCUCUUUGCUAAGGUAUAUAAUAAGAGCAUGGCUGAAGACAAGCGAGCAAAAGGUGUAUGUCGAGAUUUUGAGCGUGGUGUAUGUAAUAGAGGAACUUCUUGUAAAUUUUAUCAUCCAGAGGGAGGCACGGGAGGUCCUGAUCAAAAGUUGCCUAUUUGCAAAGAUUUUCAAAACAAGGGAUGUGAUAGAGCAAAAUGCAAAUUCUUACAUAUUACACAAGAGGAGGAACAGGAAUACAACAUGACAGGUGUUUUGCCAGAGCAUGGGGGACAUCCUCAACCAGCUAAGGCAAACUUUAAUAAGAAUGAUGUUUGCAAGGAUUUUUUAAAUAAUACUUGUCAGCGCGGAAACAGGUGUAAAUUUCGACACGUUACCGAAUCCGAGUAUCAAAUGGAACGGAGUUAUGGGGGAGAUGGUGGUGGUUAUGGCAUGUAUGGUAAGCGCAGAAGAGAUGAAUUUGAUACAUCUGCAGAUUAUGGUUCAUUAAUGCAAGAAAACGAAAUGUUAAGAAGAAAAAUAACAGAUUUGCAAAGGCAAGUUCUUGAUUUACGCCAAAUGAACGAUACACUGUAUGAUCAAAACACCCGCUAUCGGAAUCAGUUACGAGGUGCUCAGGUUUCUGCAUCAGCUGCAACUACUGACCCAUAUGCUAAGCCACUGACAUACCCAGCAGUAGCACCAAGUAGCAUGGAUAUUAAUUCGAGAAGUGCUUAUGACGGUUACUCUAAAUUUUAGUGGUGCGCGAGCAAAGUUAUAAUGCGACUGAAUUUGUGCAUUUUUUUAUGAACGUGUGCAAUAAAAAAGCGAUGGUGCGACGUGGCCUUAUUGCAAAUUUGAUGUUAGCUUUUCUUAACAUUUUUCUUGGGAUAUUAACAUUUUUUUAAAUUAGUUUAUUCAUUAUUUUAGUACAUAGUUUUGCUUCCUGAUCAAUAUAUUACUGUAUACAAGAAUGUAUGUGAUACAAAAAUGUAUAUGUUUAAAA